UGGUGCUCUGUGUCCCUCGGACACAGCGGAUCACCGAUCAACGGAAAGAGCCGAAGUUGUCGGCUUGGUUAUGUGAUCAGCUGUGUCCAAUCACAGCUGAUCACAUCCGUCACGCUGACAGCUCGAGAGGAGAGCAGAGCCGGUAAUCGGCAUCCCUCAGAGGGGACAUGUGCACUGAUCAUCAGGGCACUGAUGAUCAGUGUGCCCUGAUGAUCUGUGUAGCCCCAGUAGUGCCAUCUGUUAGUGCCCAUCAGUGCCAGCUGUCAGUGCUCAUCCAUGCCACCUGCCAGUGCCCAUCAGUGCCACAUCAAUGCCACAUAUCAGUGCCUACCAGUGCACAUCAAUGCCACAUAUCAGUGACCAUCUGAGCUGCCUUUCAGUGUCACCCGUCAGUGCCAGUAACUGCCACCUAUCAAUGCCAGUCAGUGCCACCUAUCAGUGCCAGUCAGUGCCGCCUAUCAGUAUGCAUCAGUG